UACAAUCAAAUGUCAGCGUUGUGCUGCUGGUAAACCUCUGGGGAGUUGAGUACAGCACGCUCCAAUUGCACAUGCCCCCUCGUAUGCUCUCUCUCACUCGUACAAGCCUGCAACAGACAGAGAAACGACUUGGUAUAAAAUCAGUUGCCUCAGAGGAAAAUCACCAUUUACGUUAGAGAAGAGUUAAGUGAACUUAUAUACCCUACGUGAACUUCUCCCUAAUCAUCAUCUACACAAUGGAUUCAUCAUCAUCUUCAAGCUUCAUCAUACCAGACAGCCCACCAACAGAGCAGCAGCUCAACUACUGGCAGCAGAAGCAGAAAGCUCGCAGCUCGGCUGCCACCUCCGCUGCCAUGGCUGCCGCCUCCGCUGUCUCCGCCGCCUCCUCCUCCGCCUCACCCCUGAAGAGACAGGGAAUCUUCGUUCAACGAGAGAGGGGUGAGGAGAUCGUGAUUCCGGACAGUCCUCUGCCACAAUCUACACCGGCUACCUGGGCGCCGCGACGAGCGGUGCUGUCAACUCAACCCAGCAAGCAGCCGGUGAAGAGGAGGCUAGUUUUCGAGGACGAGGGCGUGCUCACUCAAUCAAAGAAACGUGUGCCGGAAGAGGACAGCUCGAUCGUGCCUCUCUUGAGGGAGGAGGGGGAAGUGGAGACAGAGGACGAGGACUUCCUGAGAUUGUUGAAUAGCCGCACCGAGAAGCCAUGGACGCCUCUCCGCGAGUUGGAAGAGGGCAUGGCAUAUCCGAUAUGUGAUGUGAGAGAGGCGUCCAACCAGCACGGGCGGCGAAUUGUGCUCAAAAUCUGGGUACCCGGACUACGUACAACAGAUGUUUAUCUUCCAGAAAGAUUUAGCCGGAUUUUGAGCACAAAAGACAUUGAAAAUUUUAAAUUAAAGUGCAAAACCUUAUCUCUGUUUGUAAAGCAUGUUAAUGCUUUUAUGACUGACAUAAAAAUUGUUAAAUGCUAAAUUAGCAUUUAGCAUUUUUUAUGUCACUAAGCAUCUAGCAUUAACAUGCUUUACAUGUUAAUAUGUAUGUGUCAGUAGUGUUCAAUAAA